CGCCAGGCAAAUCCGGCCCAUCUGGUUUGUUCUUCCAGUAACUUUGUUCAGAAGGCUGGAAGGGAGCUGGAACACCCAGGGGGCCCCCGGGAGACGCCAGAUGAUCAAGGAUCGCGGAUCCGGGAUCGAGGAUAAGGAGAACAAGUCCCUGGGGCUGUCCCCAGGGCUGGCUGGGGCGCGCGGCUGGGAGGCGCCCUGCCACCGCCAGGAUGCGCUCGGUGUAGCGGGACUGCCAGGGGGCUCCUGAAGGCCAGCGCUCCAAGGACACGCGGCCACCGGCUCCUCGCCAGCUCCCGGGCCCAGACGCCCCGCAGCGCCGGAGCCGAGCCGAGCCGCGGGGAGUGCGGGCGAAGGGUGGCAGGAGGGAGGGCGCGCGCGAGGCGGCCCCUCCUCGGCGAGCCAUGCGUGCCACGGGCCGCUGAGGAGCCGCCGGGCGCCGCUGCCAAGUCUCCGCUCCGCUUUUGUCUUGCCCUCCAGUGAAUGGGAAGAUGGAGAUGGAUGUGGAGGGAGUUUCUCCGCGCCCGGAGCCCAUCCCCCGCUCCCAGGGGGCUGGCGGAGCCUGCCAGGCGCCGCCACAGCCGCCCCAGCCCCAGCCGCAGCCCCAGCAGCAGCUGGCUCAGGAUGAAGUGCCCUGCGAGAGUGCGGGCGCGGAGGACAGCGACGAUCCGGAGGCGAGACCCACCGGCGACAGGGGGGAGAGCAAGUCUAACUCGACAGUGAGAGCCUAUCAAACUAGCAAGUCCCGAGUGACCAUGAGCCCUGGCUUCAGCUCCCAAUGGAGCAGCAGCCAGCCUGCCUGGAACACGUACUCCUUCCCAAGAGCAAGCUUGUACUACCAGUCUCAUGCCAGCUACACCUACUGCGCUGGCCACCCUGCGCAGUCCUAUGCACCAGCUCCCCACCCCAUGGCUCCUCCCAGCCCCAGCACGAACAGCAGCAGCAACAGCAGUGGAGAGCAGUUGAGUAAGACGAACCUGUACAUCCGAGGCCUUCCACCGGGCACCACCGACCAGGACCUCAUCAAGCUAUGUCAACCGUAUGGAAAAAUUGUAUCCACGAAGGCAAUUCUUGACAAGAAUACGAAUCAAUGCAAAGGUUAUGGUUUUGUAGACUUUGAUAGUCCUGCAGCCGCACAGAAAGCAGUGGCGUCCUUGAAGGCAAAUGGUGUGCAAGCACAGAUGGCCAAGCAACAAGAACAAGACCCCACAAAUCUAUACAUCUCAAAUCUCCCCAUCUCUAUGGAUGAGCAGGAGCUGGAGAACAUGCUCAAGCCCUUUGGACAUGUGAUAUCCACCAGAAUCCUGAGAGAUGCUAACGGAGUCAGCAGGGGCGUUGGCUUUGCCAGAAUGGAGUCUACCGAAAAAUGUGAAGUUGUAAUUCAACAUUUUAAUGGAAAAUAUCUGAAAACACCACCAGGCAUCCCAGCCCCCAGUGAGCCUUUACUGUGCAAAUUCGCUGAUGGGGGACAAAAGAAGAGGCAGAAUCAGAGCAAGUACACCCAGAACGGGAGGCCAUGGCCCAGAGAAGGAGAGGCUGGCAUGGCUCUGACCUAUGAUCCCACAGCCGCCCUACAGAAUGGAUUCUAUUCCUCGCCGUACAGUCUCGCAACCAACCGCAUGAUCCCACAGACAUCUAUCACGCCAUUCAUUGCCGCCUCCCCUGUCUCCACAUACCAGGUCCAGAGCACUUCAUGGACGCCUCAUCUGCCAUACAUUAUGCAACCAACAGGUGCUGUGAUCACACCCACCAUGGACCACCCCAUGUCAAUGCAGCCAGCAAACAUCGUGGGCCCGCUAACACAGCAGAUGAACCAUCUUUCCCUGGGGACAGCAGGAACGAUUCAGUCCCAAGACAGAAUUAUGGUACUUCACCAGCUGUUGUGUCAGUAUAUGACCGCUGCUCCUAUGCAAGGGACCUACAUUCCCCAGUACACGCCUGUGCCUCCGACAGCUGUUUCUAUUGAAGGUGUUGUUGCUGAUACCUCUCCCCAGACGGUGGCCCCUUCAUCCCAGGACAGCAGUGGUCAGCAGCAACAGUUAACAGUGGACACACCCAAUGAACACGCACCUGCAUACUCUUUCCAACAAUCCAAACCAUAGACAGAAGCGAAGCUGUCCAUCUGAACCCUUACCUUCAAUGAAGAAACUUCACUGGGCAAGAAGUUGGUUGGCCUCCAGUUUGCACAGGCGCCAAGGGAAAACUUUCUUCUUCUUUUAUUUUUUUAUUUUAUACUUUACUCAAAGAAAACAAAGUUUUUAUGUGCUGUGCAAAUGGUUUCUUCGAGUGGUCUGACACUUAUUUUUGUCAUUUUUUUUUUAAGGGAAAACAAAUCCCAGAAAAGGGGGGUGGGGAUAAACAUCAAAGUUGAUGUUUUCUGUGGAAGAACAUUUGAAUUCAGAAUUUGCCAG